UAAUCCCUGUAGGAUCCUCUCCGCGGGCUGGCACGGGAUGUGCAGACAGAGGCUUGGGCGGCCCCUCUGUAGCGGGUGUGGGAGGACACACGGUCCCGCAUCAAAGCUUUGGGAUGACAGCGCCUCCGGGGAGCAUGAAUGCGGAGCCUCUGUUUUCAGUCGACUUCAGAUGCGUCUCCACUUUUUUUCCGCUGUAGCCGCAAGGCAAGGAAACACUUCUCUUCCCACACUGCGGAGGCUGAGGAGUGCGCCGGGUGUUCUUUUCUCCUCGAACCCAGAACUGCGGGCUGAGUCCCUGCCGAGAAAAUCUCCAGAAAAACCAGGAGAGCAAAGGAGGGCGUCUGGUAGGCUUGGAGGGGUAAGCUGGGGCCUCCACGGCACCAGCAGCGGGCCCACCUGCGAAGGGGCGGGACCUCGUGGCGCUGGACCAAUCAGCACCCACCUGCGCUCACCUGGCCUCCUCCCGCUCGCUCUGGCGGGGCGCGGUGCUCAAAGGAGCGGGAGCUGAGUAAGACACUAGCUCGCCGUCGCAGCAGCUACCUCACCCCUCUCUCUCCAGCCAUGGGGCUCCCUCGUGGACCUCUCGCGUCUCUCCUCCUCCUCCUCCAGGUUUGCUGGCUGCAGUUCGCGGCCUUCGAGCCGUGCCGGGUGGGCUUCGGGGAGGCUGAAGUGACCCUGGAGGCGGGAGGCGCGGAGCAGGAGCCCGGCCAGGCGCUGGGGAAAGUAUUUGCGGGCUGCCGUGGGCAGCAAGAGCUGGCUCUGUUUAACACUGAUAAUGACGACUUCACUAUGCUGAAUGGCAGGACAGUCCAGGAAAGAAAGUCACCAAAGGAAAGGAAGUCGUUGAAGAUCUUCCCAUCCAAACGUAUCUUACGAAGACACAAGAGAGAAUGGGUGGUUGCUCCAAUAUCUGUCCCUGAAAACGGCAAGGGUCCUUUCCCUCAGAGGCUGAAUCAGCUCAAGUCUAAUAAAGAUAGAGACACCAAGAUUUUCUACAGCAUCACGGGGCCGGGGGCCGAUAGCCCCCCUGAGGGUGUCUUCGCUGUGGAGAAGGAGACAGGCUGGUUGUUGCUGAAUAAGCCACUGGACCGGGAGGAGAUUGCCAAGUAUGAGCUCUUUGGCUAUGCUGUGUCAGAGAACGGUUCCUCAGUGGAGCACCCCAUGAACAUCUCCAUCAUCGUGACUGACCAAAAUGACCACAAGCCCAAGUUCACCCAGGACAUCUUCCGAGGGAGUGUCUUAGAGGGGGUCCUGCCAGGUACUUCUGUGAUGCAGGUGACAGCCACAGAUGAGGAUGAUGCCAUCCACACCUACAAUGGGGUGGUUGCUUACUCCAUCCAUAGCCAAGAACCAAAGGAUCCACACGACCUCAUGUUCACCAUUCACCGGAACACAGGCACCAUCAGCGUCAUCUCCAGUGGCCUGGACCGGGAAAAAGUCCCUGAGUACACACUGACCAUCCAGGCCACAGACAUGGAUGGGGACGGCUCCACCACUACAGCGGUGGCAAUAGUGGAGAUCCUCGAUGUCAAUGACAACACUCCUGUGUUUGACCCCCAGAAGUACGAGGCCCGUGUGCCUGAGAAUGCAGUAGGCCAUGAGGUGCAGAGGCUGACAGUCACUGAUCUGGACGCCCCCAACUCACCAGCGUGGCGUGCCACCUACCGCAUCGUGGGCGGUGAUGAUGAGGACCAUUUUACCAUCACCACCCACCGUGAGAGCAACCAGGGCAUCCUGACAACUAGGAAGGGUUUGGAUUUUGAGGCCAAAAACCAGCACACCCUGUACGUUGAAGUCACCAAUGAGGCUCCCCUUGUGCUGAAGCUCCCAACCUCCACAGCCACCAUAGUGGUCCAUGUGGAGGAUGUGAAUGAGGCACCUGUGUUUGUCCCACCAUCCAAAGUUGUUGAGGUCCUGGAGGGCAUCUCCACUGGGGACCCCGUGUGUGUCUACACUGCGCAAGACCCUGAUGAGGAGAAUCAGAAGAUCAGCUACCACAUCCUGAGAGAUCCAGCAGGGUGGCUAGCCAUGGACCCAGAUAGUGGGCAGGUCACUGCUGCAGGUACCCUAGACCGUGAGGAUGAGCAGUUUGUGAGGAACAACAUCUAUGAAGUCAUGGUCUUGGCCAUGGACAAUGGAAGCCCGCCCACCACUGGCACGGGAACCCUCCUGCUAACACUGACAGAUGUCAACGACCAUGGCCCAGUCCCUGAGCCCCGUCAGAUCACCAUCUGCAACCAAAGCCCUGUGCCCCAGGUGCUGAACAUCACGGACAAGGACCUGUCUCCCCACACCUCCCCUUUCCAGGCCCAGCUCACACAUGACUCAGACAUCUACUGGACAGCAGAGGUCAACGAGAAAGGUGACACAGUGGCCUUGUCCCUGAAGAAGUUCCUGAAGCAGGACGAAUACGACGUGCACCUUUCUCUGUCUGACCACGGCAACAAGGAGCAGCUGACGGUGAUCAAGGCCACCGUGUGCGACUGCCACGGCCAUGUGAAGAACUGCCCUGAACCCUGGAAGGGGGGUUUCAUUCUCCCUGUGCUGGGGGCUGUCCUGGCUCUGCUGCUCCUCCUGCUCGUGCUGCUCUUGUUGGUGAGAAAGAAGCGAAAGGUCAAGGAGCCCCUCCUACUCCCAGAAGAUGACACCCGUGACAAUGUCUUCUACUAUGGCGAAGAGGGAGGUGGCGAAGAGGACCAGGACUAUGACAUCACCCAGCUCCACCGAGGUCUGGAGGCCAGGCCAGAGGUGGUUCUCCGUAAUGACGUGGCACCAACCUUCAUCCCUACACCCAUGUACCGUCCUCGGCCAGCCAACCCGGAUGAAAUUGGCAACUUUAUAAUUGAGAACCUGAAGGCGGCUAACACGGACCCCACAGCCCCACCCUACGACUCCCUGUUGGUGUUCGACUACGAGGGCAGCGGCUCUGAUGCCAUGUCCCUGAGCUCCCUCACUUCCUCCGCCUCUGACCAGGACCAAGAUUAUGAUUAUCUGAAUGAGUGGGGCAGCCGCUUCAAGAAGCUGGCAGACAUGUAUGGUGGCGCGGAGGAAGACUAGGCCACCUCCCAGCGGGGCUGGGGACUCAACGUCAGGCCACAGAGCAUGUCCAAGGGAUCUCAGUCCCCUCUUCAGCCAAGGACUUUGGAGCUUGCCAGGAAGUGGCUGUAGCAACUUGGAGGAGACAGGCUGCGAGUGUGACAUUAAAGGGGUUGGUUCCUUAGCCUUUCAAAAUGGAGGAAUGUGGACAGUUUGACGUCAGCACUGAAAACCUCUUCACCUGGGCCAGGGUUGCCUCAGGCUAAGUUUCCAGAAGCCUCUCACCUGCCGUAAAGUGCUCAGCCCUGUGUCCUGGGCCAGCAGUGACUGACCCACAAUGACUUUCUUUCUGGAAUGGACCCUUCUUAGGCCUCCUGGUGCAACUUAAUUUUUUUAAAAAUGUUACUUCAAAAAGUUAGAGGUGGUUCUUGAAAAGCGCAGCCCUGAGCUGCUGGGCCCACUGGCCAUCAUGCAUUUCUGGCUUCCAGACCCCAAGGCCUCCCAUUUGGAUAGAUCUCUGCGUUUUUAUACUGAGUGUGUCUAGGUUGUCCCUUAUUUUUUAUUUUCCCUGAUGAGUGCUGUAGAUGAAGGGUGAGGACAAUUGUGUAGAUGUACUAGAACUUUUUUUAUUAAAGAGACUUUUCCCAGA